CUAUUCGUUUGGUAGUUUUUACACGGAUUACUACUUAGCGUUGAGCUUACACCUUGGUCCACGCUGACUUUGCGCUAAUACAUGAUGGAACUAAACUCCUUAUUCGUACACCUACAUAGCCGCUACGCGAUGUAACGCACGAGGGCAAUUUGGCGCCACCUAAACUGAAUGUCUUCGCAAUCAUGUGGGAAGAAACCCACGCAGACAAGGGGGCGGAUUCGAACCUACGGCCGAGCAACUGACGCGCUGUUGAGUGCAGUGUUAAGUGCCAUCGUGAGGACAAAAGAUACUCUUUUCUCCAAAGCGACUUGUAGUGGAUAACAAAAAAACACUUUGAAAAGUCGUGCAUAAUUUUUGCACGCACGGGCUCGCACCACCUGUCCUGUGCGGAUAGAAACAGCAGCAGGUGCGACGAGUCUGAAGCGCCUGCGAGGUGACCGAGGACACUGUCCCGCACAGCGAUCCCAUGACUGCGACGUCACCGAGUGAGGGUUGUAAAAGCGCAGUGUUUCGACGCACACGGAGAGAGCGGGACGAACAUGACGGCUCUGUUGUGUUGCUGUUGUUCUCAGGUCGGCAGCUCUUCGGAGGCCGGUGAGAGAGAGCCUCUGCUUUUGCCACAGUCAGCGAAACGAGUCCCUCGAGUAGCCCCAUUUCCUGAGGAUUUCACAUACCCAGAUGAGAAGGAUAACAGAAUGACACCUAAGUGUGUUGGAGUCCCAGUGAUUGAUAAUUACUUUACAGACAUUGCAGAAAUGUUUAACCAGCAGCAGGAAAACUACAAAACCAUGACAGAAUGUUUAAGAAGCUUGAAAGACAGCUAUCACUGUUCCCAUGGAGAUGGUCUUUCUGAGUGCUUGAUGAAAAUGAGAGAUGAGCACAGCACUCUCAGACCGAACCUGGAAAUGAAGGGUUAUGAAUUCUCCUUAGUGUUGUCAUCAGACAUAGUGCCUGAAAAACUGCAGAAGGCUCAGGAAUGGGUGAAGACCCUGUGUCUGACAGCCAAGGCUAUCACAGCAACAAGCACCAAGCUCCAGGAGAUGAUCAAAUGGGUGCUGCAGUCUGAGGAAGACUUCAUGCGGCAGGUCAAGAAAGCCACUCCAAACUUUCUUGACCAGCGACGAGUUGAAAGCAAUCUGAAUGAGGACUUGAAAGAGGUCAAAAGAGCCAAGCAACAGUCAAAGAAAUAUGGACAAGAAGCUGGUGACCUUGUUAAUGAAGUGGUUCACCUUACUUCCAUCAGCUGUAAUCCAUAACCCCUAGAGGAAAUGUUAUAAUAAAUGUAAUAACCAAGAUGUGGAAGAUUAAAUGGAGAAUGUGUUUCAGGGUUUAGGGAACUGUAAUUACAUGUAAUUGCUUUUUUUUUUUAUAAGGCUGAGUAUUAAAUAGGUGCAGCUGUAGAAAAUUAGAAGACACUUAAAUAGGAAUAUGUUCAGUAAAGUCAUUUUAGUUUUGACAGUUUCUGUUGUCUUUCCUGUAUCUCUGCACCCUGUUAUAUAGCUGAUAUGUUAUAUCGGUGAAUACCAGAACAGAUAUAACAGUAAUCUUAAAACACUUCUGAAGAACAAGUGUAUUAGAGGCCAGGCCAAAACACAUGGUGUGACAGUUGCUGUUUUUCUAGGACAGCUUCAGCAGGAGCCUACCCUCCCAAAAUAUCCUGCUCCACUGAACAUUUCCAUGCUACAUUAUUCUUCCUUUUGUUUUGACCUUAAUUGGAUCUGAAAGCAGGAGGCUGCCAGUAAAAUGUUUUUCAGGUUAAUAUGCACACUAAUGAUUUAAGCUCCAAAAAUUGACAAUAAAGAGUGGGUUCUAGAUCACACUGGUGAUCUGAAAGAAACUUUCUGCUGUUGCAAUUAGGAAAGUUGCAGAUGAACCGUAUCAUUGAACAGAAAGUCUGCAUAAAAUGCAACAUGCUUAAGUCUGUUUUUAUGCAUGUUUAGAAAUUAUGCAACAUUUGCAUUUACAGCAUUUGUAUUGCCCACACCUUUAUAGCUGGUAGUCCAGUGGUUGGAGCUGCUGCCUUCAGACCUGAAUGUUGAGGGUAUGAAUCUCACCUCUGGCUGUAAUA